AUGCCUGGUAGACACCUUAGAACUUUGAAAACGGAAAAGACCUGCUUUUAGGGGAUAAUGCUGAGGGACACUAUGAAAUCUUGGAAUGACAGCCAGUCAGAUCUCUGUAGCAGUGACCAAGAAGAGGAAGAAGAGAUGGUUUUUGGUGAAAAUGAAGAUGAUUUGGAAGAGAUGAUGGAUUUCAGCGAUCUGCCUACCUCGCUCUUUGCUUGCAGUGUCCCUGAAGCAGUGUUUGAGGUGCGAGAGCAGAAGGAGAGAUUUGAAGCACUUUUCACUGUCUAUGAUGACCAAGUGACAUUUCAGUUGUUCAAAAGCUUUAGAAGAGUCAGAAUAAAUUUCAGCAAACCAGAAGCAGCAGCAAGAGCGCGAAUAGAACUCAACGAGACAGACUUCAACGGGAAGAAGCUGAAGCUGUAUUUUGCACAGGUACAGAUGUCCAGUGAAACACGGGACAAGUCGUAUUUACUGCCACCCCAGCCAGUCAAACAGUUCCUCAUCUCCCCUCCCGCGUCGCCUCCGGUGGGGUGGAAGCAGGGGGAAGACGCGACACCUGUUAUAAAUUAUGACUUACUCUGUGCAGUUUCCAAACUGGGACCAGGAGAGAAAUACGAGCUCCAUGCAGGAACUGAGUCGACGCCCAGCGUGGUGGUUCAUGUCUGUGACAGUGAAACUGAAGAGGCAGAAGAAACAAAAAACCCCAAACAGAAAAUUACCCAGACGAGGCGCCCCGAACCUCCAGCCGCAGCACCGGGUGAGCCCCAGACCUUCGAUGGGGCGCUGUGAGGCCGCUGGUUGUGGUGCCAGGCAGGUGCCCUUGUGGGCUCAGCACUGGAGCCCCGUGCCCCCUCUGCAGCGUUGCCGGUCAUUGGCGCUGAUCCUGUGUGUGGGGGAGGCUGGGAGUGAAUGGGGCGCGGUGUGUUUUGCCACCACGCCUGUGCUGCAGACAUAGCCCUAUCAAGUCGCGGCAGAUUUUACCUGGUCGCAGUUUUAACAGAUCUUCCGAACAGCACAUGAAAUGAAAGGAUUGGCCCCCAACGUGUUGCAACUCUUGACCAUUUUUUAAGCGGUAGCAAAUUAGGAAAUUUGGCUGAUUUCUGGCUCCCUCCAGCAAUGGUAACUUCCCUGAUUCCAUUUCGCAUGGGGUACCAAAAAACUAAAGCGGUAGUCACCGAGCUCCGUACCAUUUUUAUGAAUUUAAAAAUAGUCUUACAAUUUCAAUAAUCUGCUGUGGGUACUUUUGUAAUGGUAUAAUAGCUUCCAGCUACUCUGUUGAUCAAAGGUCAAUUGUUCCUCCAUAUACGUGAAAUUUUUUGCACAGAAAGAAAUCUGAAAUGUAAAGUAAUUGAUAGAGAAUCAUUUUUCUCAAGUAGUUUUUUCUUUAGCUUUGGGGAGGAAAUGCCAAAUUCACUUUGACUAUGGGAAUCACAUAGUACAAAUCCUUGUGGGUGUACUCUCUUCCCUGUUACUGUUAAACUUCAAGAGGACAGUGACGCACAGACCACUGUUCCCAGUGCACCGUCCCUCCCAGAGAAAGAACUGCUACUUUGGAAGUAGGACAUACCACCAGAGAGUUUGACUGACGAGGGCCUCAGGUGGCUCAUGCGAUCUGCCAUGUGGGACCACGUGCUAGCCUGUAGCAUACCCAACUGUCUUUAGCCACCUGUUGAGUUUUUCAAUGGUAAACAUAUUGAGUGUGUCA